AUGGUCUGUGCCGUUCUGAUGGUAUCCGACGGUCCGUGUUUAGCUGCGGAGGCGCGCCUUUUGGCCUCCCAGCCGGAUCGAGGCGGCUUCGAGGCGAAACGGUUUCCAGUUCGAGCGGUAUUGAGAAGAAUGCCAGAAAAACGAAAAGAGUCCCAUUCUGAUCAAGCUGGUGAGUAG